CAAAUCACAUAUCCUCUGUUUUUCUCUCUCCUUCUCUCAUCUUUUUUUUUUUGGGUUCUCUCCGUUUCUCUAUCUCCCUCCCAACUUCUCUGGUUCCCACUCCUCUCACUAGUUCUCUAUUCUUGGCUCUCUCUCUAUUUUCCCCUUCGGAGUCGCAGAUCUUCAUCUCCUUCAAUUGGGUUCGACUGUGUUUGAUGUGGAGGUUCUAUUUGGUUUGACAGUGGUGGUUCAAUUGGGUUUGACGUGGUGGUUCAAUUGGGUGGUGGGUGUGGUGGUUGGUGAUAGUGGAAUAGGUUGGGCAAUGGCUGCUAUAAAUUUAUAAUCUAAUUUCAAGAUUUUGAAUUUCUUUAGGGUUAUUGCAGAGCUGUUACAACAUGGGCCAUGAUUCAGAUGGUGGUUCCCAAGAUGGAAGGGAUGAAGAUGAUGAGGAAGAAUAUGAGGAGGCUGGCAGGGGUAGUCGAUUUCUUGGAUUUAUGUUUGGCAAUGUCAAUGACUCUGGUGGUCUUGAUGCCGAUUACCUUGAUGAGGAUGCAAAGGAACACCUCGCUGCACUUGCUGACAAGCUGGGUCCGUCUAUAACAGGCAUAGAUCUGUCAGUAAAAUCACCACAAACAUCAACUGAUGCUGUUGAAGAAGAUUACGAUGAGAAGGCUGAAAAUGCAGUGAAUUAUUUUGACAUUGAUGAGGAUUUUGAGGGGCCUGAGAUUCAAGCUGCAACUGAGGAGGACCAUUUGUUGCCCAGAAAGGAUUAUCUUUCUGCUCAAGUUUCAUUGGCUACUUUGGAGCUCACACAUUCUGUGUUUGAUGAUGAAGAUUACGAUGAAGAAAUUGAACAGGAAGUGGAACAUGAGGUGGUUGAAAAAAACGUUGAUGUUGAAACUAUCUCUUUACCAGGGGAUUCUAAAGGAGAAAAAUAUUCUGAGGAUGAUUAUCAAAUUGGCGGUUUGGACUCUGAAAAUUUGGAUGCUCAUGUAGAAGAGUUUCAGGAAGCGCUUUCAGAUAAAAGUGCCACGCCGCUGCCAGUUCUAUGCAUAGAAGAUGGAUUGGUGAUCUUAAGAUUCUCGGAAAUCUUUGGUAUUCAUGUGCCCUUGAAGAAGGCAGAGAAAAGAGAACAUAGAUACUCUGUUCCUAAAGAUAGGUACAAAUCCAUGGAUGUUUCGGAUAUCAUUGAAGAGGAUGAAGAGGCAUUCUUAAAAGGAUCUAGUCACGGAUUGCAAUCUUUGAAACAGGCAGAUGCAAUGAAAUAUGACAUCUCAGCACUCAAUGACACUGACUCGGAAAAUGCAAAGUUUGGUGUUCUAAAAGCGGCUAAUUCAGUCGCUCUGCUGGAUGACGGGCCAAUAAAGGAUUCCUGUCUCAAUGCAGAACCAUCGAAAGAGGAUCUAAUUUAUGAUAUUUCUGUGGGAAGGCAGUCACCUUUGUGUUCAAAAUUUUAUCCUCUUGAUCAACUAGACUGGGAAGAAGGAAUUGUUUGGGGCAAUUCUCCUGUAGCAAGUGACAAUUCUGAUGAGAGUUGUGAAAUUUCGGGACCUGAUGAAGUUUCAAUUAAUAGUGAAACAGAACCUGAUAGUGGGUCACAAAAUAUUCUGUUAGAGCCUCCAAAAGAAUCUGAUGAGAAGGAUCAUGCUGUUGUGCUGCAUAGCUCAUGUAGUCUAUUGGAGCCUUUUGGCUCAAGAAAUUCAUCAGAACUUUUAUGUCUUCCUGUCUCAGAAAGCAGAUGCCAUCCCCAACUUUUAAGGCUAGAAUCUCGAUUUGAAGUGGAUGACCAUACAGAUGGUACAAUGGAGAGUGUAGGUGAGAAGCUUCAUCAGAGCGAUGCUGUGAGGGAAUUUAGCAAACUCACUUCACAGAAUAGAGACAUGCUAAAAGGAUCCUGGUUAGACCAGAUAAUUUGGGACCCAGAUAUGCCUACUGGAAAGCCAAAACUUAUCCUCGAUCUUCAAGAUGAGCAAAUGCUUUUUGAGAUUUUGGAUAACAAGGAAAGUGAACAUCUUAGGCUUCAUUCAGGGGCCAUGAUUGUGACUCGCCCGGUAAACUUGAGCAAUGGGGAUUCUUUUGAGCUGCCAGGUCACGGAGGUCAAUUUGGUUGGCGAUAUGUUGCUAAUGAUAAACACUAUUCAAAUAGGAAAACUUCUCAGCAACUGAAAUCAAAUUCUAAAAGACGCACAGUGCAGGGCAUAAAGAUUUAUCACUCACAACCUGCCCUGAUGUUACAGACAAUGAAACUGAGGUUAAGCAAUAAGUGUGUGGCUAAUUUUCACCGACCAAAAUCUUUAUGGUAUCCCCAUGACAAUGAAGUGGCUGUAAAAGAACGAGGGAAGCUCCCCACUCAAGGACCAAUGAAAAUUAUCAUAAAGAGCUUGGGUGGGAAAGGAAGUAAGCUUCAUGUGGAUGCUGAGGAAACAGUCUCUUCUGUUAAAUCAAAAGCUUCAAAAAAGCUAGAUUUUAAGCCAUCCGAAACUGUGAAGUUGUUUUAUUUAGGGAAGGAACUUGAAGAUGAUAAAUCUCUUGCAGCCCAGAAUGUUCAACCAAAUUCUUUGCUUCAUCUUGUUCGUACAAAAAUAUACUUGUUGCCAAAGGCACAAAAGAUUCCUGGUGAGAAUAAAUCUUUGCGGCCUCCUGGAGCAUUUAAGAAGAAAUCUGACCUUUCUGUGAAAGAUGGUCAUGUGUUUCUAAUGGAGUACUGUGAGGAAAGACCUUUACUUUUGAGCAACGCUGGUAUGGGUGCAAGAUUGUGCACUUAUUAUCAAAAAUCAGCCCCAGAUGAUCAAACUGGUUCUUUGUUACGCAGUGACAGCAACAGUUUGGGACAUGUCAUCUCACUAAAUCCUGCUGAUAAAUCACCUUUUCUUGGAGAUACAAAAGCUGGUUGCAGUCAGUCAUCGCUUGAAACAAACAUGUAUAGAGCUCCUGUAUUUUCUCAUAAGGUGCCAUCAACUGAUUAUUUGUUGGUUCGUUCUGCAAAGGGAAAGCUUUCAAUUAGACGCAUUGACAAACUUAAUGUUGUUGGCCAACAGGAACCUCUCAUGGAGGUAAUGUCACCUGGAACUAAGAAUCUUCAAACUUAUAUGAUUAACAGGCUCUUAGUCUACAUGUGCCGAGAGUUCCGUGCUGCCGAAAAGCGCCAUUUUCUUCCUUGCAUCCGUGCAGAUGAGCUACCUUCACAAUUUCCUUAUCUAUCUGAAGCCUUUCUUCGGAAGAAGCUGAAGGAACAUGCAAAUUUGCAGAGGGGAUCAAAUGGACAAUGGAUGUGGGUUAAGAAACGCAACUUCCGAAUUUUCUCAGAGGAUGAAUUAAGAAAUAUGGUGAAGCCAGAAGAGGUGUGUGCCUAUGAAAGCAUGCAAGCUGGUCUUUACCGGCUCAAACAUUUGGGAAUUACUGAAACACAUCCCUCUGCCAUAUCAUCUGCAAUGAGUCGUCUCCCUGAUGACGCAAUUACUCUGGCUGCUGCAUCACACAUUGAAAGGGAACUGCAGAUUACUCCAUGGAACUUGAGUAGCAAUUUUGUAGCAUGUACACAGGGAAAAGAAAAUAUUGAGCGUUUGGAAAUAUCUGGUGUUGGUGAUCCAUCUGGCCGGGGCCUAGGUUUUAGUUAUGUUCGUGCUGCACCGAAAGCAUCUAUGUCAAGUGCAGUGGUGAAAAAAAAAUCUGCUGCUACUCGAGGAGGUUCCACUGUUACCGGAACAGAUGCUGAUCUACGCAGAUUAAGCAUGGAGGCUGCACGAGAGGUUCUUCUUAAAUUCGGUGUUUCUGAUGAACUGAUUGCGAGGCAGACUAGAUGGCAUCGGAUUGCAAUGAUACGCAAGCUUUCAAGUGAGCAAGCUGCAUCUGGGGUAAAAGUUGAUGCAAACACUAUCAGUAAAUAUGCACGUGGCCAGCGUAUGUCCUUCCUCCAGCUACAGCAGCAGAACCGGGAGAAGUGUCAAGAAAUUUGGGAUCGGCAAGUUCAGAGUCUUUCAGCUCUAGAUGGGGAAGAAAAUGAGAGCGACUCUGAAGGCAAUAAUAGCGAUCUGGAUUCCUUUGCUGGGGAUUUAGAAAAUUUGCUUGACGCAGAAGAAUGUGAAGAAGUGCUAGGAGGUGAUCAUGAAUCCAAUCAUGAAAAAUUGGAUGGUGUUAAAGGGCUUAAAAUGAGAAGGCGCCCUUCCUUGGCUCAGGCAGAAGAGGAGAUUGAAGAUGAGGCAGCAGAAGCAGCAGAGUUGUGCAGGUUGCUUAUGGAUGAUGAAACUGAGAGGAGGAAGAAGAAGAAAACAAGAGUUUCUGGGGAGGAGCUGGGGUUGGCUCCUGGGUCGCGAACAAAUUAUGGCUUCGAAAAUGCAGAUAGGGCAAAGAAAAUAAUUGGUGCAGCACAACCUGAUGAAUCCUAUACUUCAAAAGAUAAUCCAGUUGGAGAUGUAAAACUGGUGGAAAAUCCUCUUAAAAGAAAAAAGGCCGGAACACUUAAAGGAAUGAAAAAUAAUGAUAUCACACAUACUGGUCUGAUGAAUAAGAAACUGAAGAUAUCAGGAGAUGGUGGCAAGACAUACAAGGAGAAGAAAUCAGCACGAGAGAAAUUUAUAUGUGGAGCAUGUCAUCAGGCUGGACACAUGAGAACAAACAAGAACUGCCCCAAGUAUGGUGAAGAUCAGGAAACACACAGCGACACUCCAGAUCUGGAUAAAGCAGAAGGAAAGAUAACUGCUCUGAAUCCAUCUAAUCAGGCUCAGCAGAAAACUACGACAAAGAAGCUGGUACCUAAAAGUGCAACUAAAAUUGCCGUGGUUGAAGCUUCCGAUGUUGACAUUGGUCUGAGUACAAAGGUUCUUCCAUUGAAAUUCAAAUGUGGGUCAACUGAAAAGCUUCCUGAUAAACAGGCUCUUGGAGAGACAGAGAGCUCUGAACGUCCGGUGGCAUCUGAUCCGGAAACUGGGAAGCCCACUUUUAAGGUGAACAAGAUAAUAAUAUCGAACAAGAUGAAACCUGAAAAUGCACCUGUUGAAUCUCAGAAGCCACCUAUUGUGAUACGGCCUCCCACAGAUACAGAUAAGGGCCAUGUCGAAUCACAAAAGCCAACUAUUGUUAUACGGCCACCAGCAAAUACAGAUAGAGACCAGAUGGAAUCUCAAAAGCCAUUAAUUGCUAAACGACCAUCAAUGGAGGCACAGAGAGAGCAACAUCAUAAGAAAAUUAUAAUUAAACGUCCAAAAGAAAUUAUUGAUAUAGAUCAGGUCAGUCAGGAUGGGAGUACUCCUGUUGAACAUAGGAAAACUAAAAGAAUUGUUGAAUUGACAAGUUCUGAAAAGAACAGGAAGGAAGAGAACAUGUAUUUGGCUAAGGAAGCUGCAAAAAAGAAAGCUAGAGAUGAUAAGAGAUCAAGGGAGGAGCAAGAGAAACGAAGAAAUGAAGAGAGAUUGAAAGAAGAGAGGGCCAGGAGGCUUUACGAAGAGGAAAUGAGAAUGAUAGAGGAGCAAGAAAGACUAGCAGAGAUUAGAAGAUAUGAAGCAGUCAUCAGACAAGAGAGGGAAGAAGAAGAACGCCAGAAAGCGAAGAAGAACAAACAGAAGAAGAAAAGGCCUGAGAUAAGAGAGGAUUAUAUAGAGGACUCACGAACAAGAAGACUUGACAAAAGGAUGCAAGAAAGAGAUCGGGGUGCAAAAAGGAGGCCAGUUGUUGAAUUGGGAAGGUAUGGUGGAGAAUCUGCCACAAUAACAAAGCGUCGUAGAGGGGGAGAGGUUGGUCUGGCAAACAUCUUGGAGCGUAUUAUAGAAACCCUGAAAGAUCGAAUUGAAGUAUCGUAUCUUUUUCUUAAACCAGUAUCCAAAAAGGAAGCUCCUGAUUACCUGGACAUCAUAGAGCGCCCCAUGGAUCUGUCUACAAUCAGGGAGAAGGUGAGGAAAAUGGAGUACAAGAGUAGGGAGCAAUUCAGGCACGAUGUGUGGCAGAUAACUUAUAAUGCUCACAAAUAUAAUGAUGGGCGUAAUCCAGGUAUACCUCCUCUCGCAGAUCAGCUCUUAGAGCUUUGUGACUAUAUGUUGGUUGAGAAUGACGAAAGCUUGACUGAAGCUGAAGCAGGCAUUGAAUCUGCAGAUUUUUAGAGAUAUUGAUACUGAUUUAAUAUCCGUAAAUUUAUUUUUUCAAAGAAGAAUGCCCACUUUUGCCGGAGUAAGUUUUUAGGUAUUGUGGAUUAAAGAGACUGCGUCGGCAUCAUCUGACAUGUCAGGAAGCAUCAAUGAAAGAAAAUAGUCGCAUCUCCUGUAAAUUUGUGAUUAUCUGCUGUAAUUUGUGUUUGAGUUAUUGAAUAACAUCCGUUUUAAAAUUGUAUUAGUUGUACAGAGACUGCAAUGUUUAAAAAGUUUCAUUGACACAA